AUGCAGUCACUUCCAGGGGCCUUCCUUAAGAAAUUAAUGAUGGCAAAUCUGAAUGCUAGGAGUGUCAAAUGUAUGUCCUCUGACGCAGAUGUUUCAUUUAGGGGAAUAGACCGUUUUGAGACUAAAAGUGACUCUGAUAGCAGCAAUGUAAUUAAUCCACUGGACCUGAUUACAGCCCUGUUUCUGUGCUCAGACAGUUUCCUGCAGCAGGAGAUGGUCCAGAAAAUGUCCAUGUGUCAGUUUGCUGUUCCUCUCCUGCUGCCCAACUGUGAUACAAAACAAAGCACUUUGAUGCUGUGGGCCUUGAGGGACAUAGUGAAGAAGUUUAGACUCUCUUCCCAAACAUCCACAAAGGCUUUUGUGGAGGAGAGGAUUGUACUCUCUGACAUUCCCAUGGUGUCUUUUGUUAGGUUAGGGGAGAUUAGAGUGUCCAAGUCUCAGAUCUUGAACAAACUGCUUAGUAACCCUCAGCAGUACCAUGACACAUUUGUUCAUCAUGAUAUGGAAUGUGGCGACGUCCUUCAUAAAAUCUCAGAUGGUCUAGUUGAAAUCAGCUGGUACCUUCCAUGUGGGAACAGAAACAUAGACAUCUUCACUAAGCCAGUGGUAGUGGCCAAUCUCAGAGGAGACAUCAGGUCCUCUGAAACACAGUUCUCCUUUCUGUGUCAAACAUCAGCUGCAGUUUACAUUUUCACUGAUAAUUUAAAGGCAUAUCUCAAGCUCUUGAAAAGCAAAAACACAAAAGCAGAGAUAUUUCUGGUCGUCAACUCUCAAAGAAAAACAUUCAGAGUAGACACAUUGAAAGAAAUGAUCACAAACUGCAGGAUCAAUGACCAAAAUGUGAUUGUGAAGAAAAAGAAAAACGAUGCAGAAUUUGUCAAAACCCUGCAAUCAUCUGUUGGUGACAUCAUUGAAAAAAGUCAAAACCGGUUGACAGUGGAAAACAUGACUGACGUAGCUCGUCACAGUGGGCUUCUGGUUGAUGAAGACCGUGAUGAAUGUCAGAGUGCCAGAAAGAUAGCAGAUGAAAUCACCAGCAACAUCACAGACACAGUGAAAUUCAAAGACAAACAACUACCCUUACAAGGGAAAAUCUGGAAAGAGCUUUCCCAGUUGGAAAAGGAGAGAUGUAGGCUAAGAAAAGAAGGGGGGUCAAGAAUUGAAAACUACAAGAGCUCUCUGAAUAAAAAGGAGGAAGAGUUGAGAAAGAAGCAACAUAAAUUUGACAUGUCAGAUGCAAUGACAAGCUUCAUUUUCGGAAUGUCAAGAUCAGGACCUGAGCGAUCCUAUUUCCUCAAAUGGAUGCGGAUAAAUCUGGACAAUCUGUCACGUCAGAACCUGUCUGGUUUGCGGGACCAGUACAAAGAUCUUUGCCAACAUUCUCCGGAGAAAAAAAACGACAUUGCAGAUUUGGAUAAGCAAUUAUCUGACUGUUCCUUAGGUCUUGAACACUUUCUUCGUGAGUUGGGCCAGUUAUAUGAAGCUGCCUGCUCCCUCCCUGAAGACAGCCCUCAACGGACACAGAUGGAGAAUCUCCCUGGAUUGUGUGCUCAGAUGCUGUUGGAAGGUUUCCCCAUUGAGCUUGUGGAUGGAGAUGCAUCAAAUAUCCCUCUGAAAUGGAUAUCAGCUGUUCUGACUCAGCUUCAUACUCUUGUGGACUCUAACAGCAAGAUCCGGGUUGUGACAGUUUUAGGGGACAAAGGUACUGGGAAGUCCACUCUUCUCAACACCAUGUUUGGGGUCCAGUUUGCUGUCAGCAGUGGAAGAUGCACCAGAGGUGCCUUCAUGCUACUUAUAAAAGUCAACAAAGAACUCAAGGAGGAACUGAAAUGUGACUUCAUUAUGGUAAUUGACACAGAGGGGUUGAACUCACCGGAGGUGGCUCAACUAGAUGAUAGCCAUGAACAUGACAAUGAACUGGCAACACUGGUGAUUGGACUCAGUGAUAUCACAAUUAUCAACAUCUCCAUGGAGAAUGCCACAGAGAUGAAAGACAUUUUACAGAUUGUUGUUCAUGCCUUCCUCAGGAUGAAGGAAGUGGGGAAGAAGCCGAUAUGUCAUUUUGUGCACCAGAAUGUGUCAGAAAUGUCUGCUCAUGACAACAACAUGAGGGACAGGAAGAAGUUGUUGGAACAGUUGAAUGAAAUGACCCUGGCAGCAGCCAGAAUGGAGAAGAAGGAGAAUAUCACCAAGUUCACUGACGUGAUGGACUAUGAUCCAGACACAAGCAGCUGCUACAUCCCAGGACUCUGGCAUGGGACCCCUAUGUCUCCAGUCAAUGCUGGCUACAGUGAGGCUGUGUAUGAUUUAAAGAAUAGCUUGAUGCAAGACUUAAUAAAAUGCCAGAGUAAUGAUGACAUGACACAUUUCCUGAGGUGGACACAAAGCUUGUGGGAGUCUGUGAAAUUUGAGAAAUUAAUCUUCAGUGACAGAAACAGCUUGGUUGCAGAUGCAUACUCCAGUUAA